AUGGCGACGGCAGUACCGGCACAGUCUCAGGGGGCUCUUCCAGAGCCCCUGCCGGAGCCGGAGCAACCGUCUGCGUCGGAGAUGGACGCCGAUGCGACGGUUCAGUCUGCCAUUCGCUUCUUGCAAGACCCACGUGUGCGACGCUCGCCAAUUGAGUCGCAGAUUCGUUUCCUCAAGGGCAAAAGCGUGUCAGAUGGACAGAUCAAGUACGCAUUCGCCAAGGUAGGAAGAGCAGUGACGACGGAGAAGAUUGCCUCUGUUCGUGCCUCGCCCGCCAACACAGCACCACCCACUGCCACGGCGACGGUAGGUGCCACUCCUCUUUCUCCACAGCUCGAGACGGCGCGGCAAAACGCCCCAGUGACUAUGGGGCCGGGACUGCAGUACACCCAAACACUGUUUCCUUACUCGCCUCUACCACUGCAGGUGGAGAGACAGAAGAGGACGGUGGACUGGCGCGACGUCGUGAUUGGCGCCGGCGCCGCCAUGCUUGCCGGACUUUCCGGGUACAAGCUCUUCAACCGCUACUCCCCUUACGAGUUUCGUCGCAAAUCGGAGAAGAAGUCGCGGCUGUAUCGCGGCUCCUGCUCACGGCACCGUCCCGCCAACAAUGCGUCUUCGGAGAGCGAAAUUGAUGCGUUGUCAACGUCGCAGCGCGGCCGUGCACCUCCGCUGCCGCCGUCACCACCGGUGGCUGCCCCUGCUGAGCCGAUUGUGCCGGCCACCCCACCACCCGACCUCACCGAGGUGAAAAAGUUGCUGGCAGAACUGAAUGAGACCAAAGAGGCGCUGGCCAAUGAGCGUAAGAAGUGCGCCGACCUCGCUGUGAGCGCGGCAAAGAUUCGUGCGGACAAGCAGCAGCUGAGUAGGGCCAACGAUCGCCUCACGCAGCAGAUUGACGAGCUCAAGAAGGAUAUAGAAAGGUUGGAGAAGGGCACUGCCGCCAGCGAGGCGACGCAGAUGGCAGGGGAGAGCGUAGUGGCGGCUGAGUCCACGUCUACAUCGACGUACUUCCCAUCGGUGACAGCGGAGGGUGAGCAGGCGCGAAAGUCACCAGCGGUGACGCCAGUGCCGAGCGUAUCCGCGCCGAAUCCGAAUGCCGUGCCCGGUCUACCUGUUUUGCCAUCAACCGAGUCCUCAACAGUAGUCACUGCCGCUCCUGCCAUUCUGGACCUUAACGCAGAGGUGACUCCGGUUUCACCCACGUCCGUCGCUGCUGUCGCACCGACGCCUGAGCCAUUUCCAGCGGCCGUUGCGGCAGCUGCCUCCUCUGCGGAUGCCGCAGUUCCCGGUGCUUCUGCUACGGAGGUGGUCGAGCGGCUCCUCCCCACCAGCAGCGCUGAUCCGCCGAAGGCACGUGAGGAUACUCCGGUGUCUGCGAGCUAA